UAAGAAAAAGACAAAAAUAUAUAAGAAAAAACAAUAAUUUUACAACGAUUAAGACUUCAAUUGUUAAUCAUUAAUCGAACUAAUGGUUAAAUUAUUAAUUUAAUCGUAUCAUAUGAUUAACAUUGGUGGCACAAAAAAUACAAGUAUUCAGAUGUGCAUUGAUACAAGAAAACUUAUCUUUCGAAACUUGCGCACAACGUUGAUAAAGGUUAUUUAAAAAUGGCGGACGCAUGGUCUUCCGACACUACCUCAGAUUGUUGUAUUGAAUGUUUCUCUGAUAUUAUGUCCGAAAAAUCAGAAUACGUUAUCGUCGGUCAAAAACCUUGUUCAUCUCAUCGUCGAAGUAAAAGACAUUUCUUGCAAAAAUUAUUUGUAAGAGAAAUCAGAGGUUGUUUGUCAUUGCAUAGCUAUGCUUCUGAAGAAAGACUGUUCGCAACUGUACCCUCUUGGAGACACUUGCCUCUUUUGCAUGUCAUCCCAAAAUCAGCUCUCGAAGCAGGGCAUAUUGUUAUGGGAUUGACACAGUGCGGUCAAUUUUUGUUAACAUAUACAUAUAUGUUGGAUGUUAGUGAUAAUACUUCUUUGUAUAAAUAUUUGUUACAUUGGUGGGCAUUUACGCCAAAUCGUGUAGCUCGUAAAGUGGCAGAAGUUACACUUUUUGGAAAUUAUACUAUUUAUAGAGAGCUUAGUAUAGUAAUAUCGCAAUGGCCAAUGGAACGAAAUAAACUAGUAAUACAUGGUCUUUGCCAACAUUGGUUGCAUCUACAACCAACGGAUAGAGCAUACUUAACAAUAACUACAGUACCUUCUCUUGAUAACUGUAGAGAUUGUUUAAAAGUUGCUGCGUCAUAUGAAGAAGAAGGAGAAGACUUAGCUGAAAAUUGGGAUGGAUGUGUACGCUGUAACUGUUUGCAACAUGGACUCACUGUUCACACAACUUACGAAGUUAUGUCACCAUACCCAAGAUUUCGAGCUUCUGUGUGUUUAAAUUAUUGGAAUUAUGUAGUGGUUAAUACAGGAAAUUUUUUACAUGUGCUUAGGGUAGAUUUGGACAUUCCAAAGCACAAAAAUCAGAAGACAUUUGAUAAACAAGACACUGUAGUUCCAGAUACUGUGCCACUAGAGAUGAGUGAUAUUGAAGAGAUAGAUUUUUCAAAGACAGAAUCUUAUGGAAAUUCCCAUGACAAAGUAGGUACUUUAGAGUGUUCAAUCAAUAAGUCUCCUCGACUGGAGCCUGCUAUUGAUCAUGAGUUUAUAGAUGAGUUGAGUAAGUUAGAUGAUAGAUUAGGGCGUGAAUUACCAUUAAAUACCUCAAGCAGUAAUCAAAGCAACUGUGUCUGUGAUAUAAGUAAAUCUACUGAUGCUUUAAGUAUUAAAUUAUGUGAGUGUUCAGAUACCAUUGAAUGUAAGUGUCAAAAUCAAAGUCCUGUAUCUCGCAUUGAACAACAAGCUAUAUCGGUUAGGGAUAAAAUCUUGCAGGACUUUUGUGAAGACAUGUCUCAAGAACUUAAUAUUGGUAGUGACCUAAUUACUUUAGUGAAGCAUCCAUCGUGUUCUCCAAGAUCAACACCCCAAAGGCUUCCUCCUGAUCUCAGAGCUAUGGCGUGGUCAUCGCCUAUUUUUACACCACCUUCGGAUAUUCUAAGAACGCGUAAUUCGGAAUCUAGUCAUAAAAGUACAGGAGUAUCAAAGAAUAUACGUAAUCAACGAGCUAAUUCUCCACAACCUGGUGCUUCACAAGAUAACAAUGUAACUUCUAUAAAUUCUCCGCUUCAUUCCAUUUCUAUAAGUCCAUCUUCAUCACAUUCUUCCCGUUUGAUGUCACCUCCCACAACAAGAUUUCUUCAUCAUCCCACUUCGCGUAAACAAACAAACAUGCACUCUCCUCCUCCAAUUAUUAAUUCAACACAAUCCAGGACAAGAGCUACGCACAAACUUAUUCUUGAAGCAGAAAAAGCAUAUGAAUUUACUGAUGAAGCACAAGAAACUUGUGAAAAGUUAAGUUCAUUCAGAAAGCGCAGACUCGCAGAUAAAAAAUAUGAGUUUUGUGAUGAGAUAGAAGAUGCAGAAAAUAUAGUUCCUUUUAAACACAUACGUGACCAAUUCAAGCAUCGUGCCUGUUCCAUACAUCAAAUAUCUUCCUCUCCAACAAUGUCACCUGUAUUGUCUAAUGGUAAACGGCAUUGGGUAGAUUCUGAUCAAAGUGAGACUGAUGAAUUCAAUACACCUCAAGAUAUUUUAUGCAAUGAUUUAUCACCUGUUGAAACAAAUGAGAAAAAUGUAUUACGUCCACUGAAUCAAAAUCAAUUAACAAAUGGAAGUGUACAGAGGGACCGAUUUGGGAAAUUCUGUUCAAAUUCACCAUUGGUUCCUAAAAUUAAUUUACAAUAUCCUUCUAUAAAGUGUACUGCACAUUUUAGAAGAAGUUAUAUAGAACUGGAUGAUGAAAUGAUAUCUGUUAUUACUGAUGUUGAAGAUGAAGAAACUGGAGGAUAUGUCAGUUAUCAAUGUGUACUUCCAAUGCAUGUUCAUGGCUCUGGAUAUGUACAAAUGCAAAUGAUCAGCAACAGUAAAGCAGAAAAAUUGGCAGUACCUUACGUGUCUAUAAACCAGUUAAGUUUUGAUAUUGAGACAUUUUCUCAUCACAUUGCAGAUUGGAUUUGUGCACGAUUCAAUAAGAAAUACUGGCAUUGUAGUGAUUAUGACAUUGAAAUAAUUGAUAUCUGUGCCCUUAGUGGUGAUAUAAUUUGUUUACUUAUCAUGAAAAUCCAAGCUAGUGAAUUAUGUAAUCAAACACAAUGCACCCAAGAAAGAAAACAAUAUGAAGUUGGAUGUAAAUUUACAUGGAAUAUAGAUUCAAGUGAAUAUAGAAUAACGGAUGUAUUACCAAUGGAAGAAGUAAGAUUGGAUUCCUUAAAAAACAAUCCUAUUCAAACACCAAAUUUUCGUUCUGGUUCAUUAUGGAAUCCGACGAGACGAUUAGCACCACAAUUAAGAGAAAAGAUUCAGCAGCCAUAUGCUCAUACUGUUCGCUUCCUUCAUAAUGAAAUGGCUUUAGCUGGUGAAUCUAUAACAAGGCUCAAUGAUUUAGAUAAUCUGGUCGAAUUUUACAUUACUCCAAUACCGAAUUAUCCAUUAAUAGAAUGAAAAAAUAUCAAGUAACAACAUGCUGCAAACAAUAAUUUAUUUAUUAAUGUAAACUUGUGAUUUCUAUAUUUACUAAGGUAACGUACAUAAUAUUAUAACUGUAUGGAAACUUACUACAUAUAAAUUACUAUAAAUAUUCUCUCAAAAGAGGAAUUAUUUGUUAUAUAAGCAUAAUUAACAGUAAGUGUAAUAUUAUAAAUUGUAUAGAUAUCAUCUAUUUACUUUGUGAGACUAGUAUAUAAAUUUAUGCUGUUGUGUGAUUUAUCCACAACUUAAUUAGUAUAAAAUAAGAAUUUAUGUAAUAAGACAACGAAGUUUACGAACAUUUGCACCAAUUUGUAAAUUGUAUUUAAAGUCCAUGCU